UUAGAGAGAGAGAGCAUGCAGGGCGGGGGUAGAGGGAGAGGGAGAGUCUUAAGCAGACUCCCUUACAAAGAUACUUUCCAAGGCCCCAGCAAUGUGUUCAUGGGGCCAUUCUGUGAUCUUUUUCCUAAAGAAAACACCCCCAAUUUUUUAAGCUUCAGACUCCAUAGGAACUGAACCCACAUCACAAUCUUUAGUCAGCCUAUCUUCGGGGUUAUGGAGUUGGAUUUCAAGUCUCAGUUCAGCAGUCAGCUUGAGAGGAGGGACUCCUAUAUUUAAUAACUGAGACAAACAAAAGGAAAAGGCUCUUCUGACCAAAAGAGAUAACCCCUCUCCUGAUUCUGAUCAAUUACCCACACAGGUAUUAAGGCCUUCUACAGUUUCCCUCUAAUUUCAAGGGCAGAAACUAACCCUGGCUGGCAUCAGUAUCCCCAGCAGAGAGCUGAAGACUGGUAGAUGGCACUCGGAACAAAAGUCUGAACAGAUUAUAGAGCAGGGUGUUGUUGGGUUUUUGGCGGGGGAGUUAUACCAGGACAGUGGGUAUUCAAGGCAGGUACACCCCCCCUCCAAAAAAAACUACACAACUUUUAGUCAAAUAAGGCAGAGGUCUGUUUCCUCACGUGUAAAAACAAAGGUUAGCAAUAAAGCCUAACCUGUGGGAUUUGGUCAGGAUUAGAAAAGCUAAUUUAAAGACCUAACCCAGUCCCAGACUCUAAGGAGAAGGUCCAUAAAUAGAGGACAGCAAAUAAAACGGGAGAGUGGUUGAUCCUUGAGGGCGCUGACAGGGAUUCUUUGCACAGCGUGCCUACUGCAGCACUAGGAGGAGGAACAACCACUCUACUGACAAAUAGUAGGUGCAGAAUAAAUUGGUGAAGAAGGGCCGGACGUUUCUGGCGGAUGCUCACUGAUCUGUGUAACUAACUGAAUAAUGGGUUGGUCCGAGGCUCUGAGUCACGGACAGUCCCGGGCUGGCUGUCAGGCGACUGCGUGCCGGGAUCUGACAGACCGCGGUCCGUCGGGCCGCGAGAACGGCUGUCUUCGCGGUCCGGCCCGGCCCCGGCCGCCUCGGGCCGCCGCCGGUCGCCGCGCGCUGGCUGGAUCCCGACUUCGCGCGGGGGACGCCGCUAGGCAGGGCCUGCGCGGGCGGGCAGCGGCCAGGUGCGGGCGCCGCCGCGCCUUCCUCCCCGCGCCGGGCAGGGCGCCCCCGACUCCCGGCCGCCGCGGCCCGGGAACAAUGAGGUGCCGGCUUCUUUAAGGGAGAUACCACCGCGCCGGCGGGGCAGGGGACGGCGUCCUCCCAGAUGAUCGCACCCAGUCCCGCGCCGCCGCCGCCUGGGCAACUGCACCGUCCGCAAACAUGGCUCAGUGACUCUGACAAAAGGUGCAGCCUCCCUCCCGGCGGGGCGGACGCCAGGCCUCCCAGCUCCGGCCGCGCCUCCCGCGGGCCAGCCGAAGAGCUCCGCGUCCCGCCGGCACCCCAGGCCCGAGCCGAAGAAGAUGCACCAGGCGUUCCGCCCCAGCGACCUCCGCACACCUGCCCGCAGCUCGAAACUUUGACCUUGAAGAUGGUGAGUAGCCAGCCAAAGUACGAUCUAAUACGGGAGGUAGGCCGAGGCAGUUACGGUGUUGUAUAUGAAGCAGUCAUCAGAAAGACUUCUGCACGGGUGGCAGUGAAGAAAAUUCGAUGCCAUGCACCUGAAAAUGUUGAACUAGCCCUGCGUGAGUUCUGGGCACUAAGCAGUAUCAAGAGCCAACAUCCAAAUGUGAUUCACUUGGAGGAAUGCAUCCUACAGAAAGAUGGGAUGGUGCAAAAAAUGUCCCAUGGCUCUAAUUCUUCCCUUUAUUUACAGCUUGUAGAGACUUCAUUAAAAGGAGAAAUUGCCUUUGAUCCCAGAAGCGCCUAUUACUUGUGGUUUGUGAUGGAUUUUUGUGACGGCGGAGAUAUGAAUGAGUAUCUAUUGUCCAGGAAACCCAAUCGUAAAACUAACACCAGCUUUAUGCUUCAGCUGAGCAGUGCUCUGGCUUUCUUGCAUAAAAACCAGAUCAUCCACCGAGAUCUUAAGCCUGAUAACAUCCUGAUUUCACAAAGCAGGUUGGAUACCAGUGACUUGGAGCCCACACUGAAAGUGGCCGAUUUUGGUCUUAGUAAAGUUUGUUCAGCCUCUGGGCAGAAUCCAGAAGAACCUGUCAGUGUAAACAAGUGUUUCCUUUCCACAGCCUGUGGAACAGAUUUCUACAUGGCUCCUGAAGUGUGGGAGGGACAUUACACAGCAAAAGCUGACAUCUUUGCUCUGGGGAUUAUCAUCUGGGCAAUGCUGGAAAGGAUCACAUUCAUAGACACAGAGACAAAGAAGGAACUCUUGGGGAGUUAUGUAAAACAAGGAACUGAGAUUGUGCCUGUUGGAGAGGCGCUUCUGGAAAAUCCCAAAAUGGAACUUCUCAUUCCUGUGAAGAAAAAGUCUAUGAAUGGGCGAAUGAAACAACUGAUUAAGGAAAUGCUUGCUGCAAACCCUCAGGAUCGUCCAGAUGCUUUUGAACUAGAACUCAGAUUAGUACAAAUUGCAUUUAAAGAUAGCAGCUGGGAAACGUGACACAUAUAUUGUUUGCAAAUAUCUUGGAUGAUAUGCUGCUUAUGUUUUAACAGUGAUGCAACAACAUAAUGUGGCUGAAAAAGAAUAUAAAAAGCUAAACUCCACCUUCUAAGGGUUUAGAUUUUAUUGUGGGGUGUUUUUUUUCCUCGUUUUUCUUAAGUCCAAGCUGGCCAUUUUGUUAGUAUGUUUUAAAUGUGUAUUACCAAUGUGGGUGUACAUUUUUAAAAAUGAUCAUUGGUAGAAGUUUGGCAGGAAAAUUCUCUAAGAGCCAAGAAGAGAAGAAAGUCCAGUUUCCUGGAAAUAAGUCUCAAGUAUUUUAGACAUUCCUUGUCAGUAUUAGGAAUUUCCAUGGAAGAAGAGGUUUGCAUGCUGGCAAUGCAACCUUUGAAGCUUUGUAAAGGAAACAUAUAUGUAUAUAUUUAUGUAUAUGUAAGUAUGUGAAUGUGUGCAUUUUGCAUUCCAUAUGAAGAAAAUGCCACUUCUGUUUAAAUUAUUUGAUGUAGGUUUGGGUUUUUGAAAUUUGCUGGUGAAAUCAGUGAUGAAAAAUAAAAGAACCUUCCCUCAUCUUCCUACCCUGUCCCUCCCUCUAAUGAAAUCAUACUACACUUUUUAUUUUUGUAAUAUUAUACAGCUUUUUUUAAGGCAUCAUUUUGGAGGGUCUACAAUUAUCCGAUUAAACAUAAACAAAAUUAAGUGAUCCAAAGCUGCUGAAGUAUGUUUGAGCUCUCCAGUGCCCUAUAGCUGCAGGAGUUGAAUUAGCCAUGCAAUCAUGUGGUAGCAGGUUGGCAAGGACCUUGAUGAUUCAGUCAUACCUUCUUUAGGUAACCAAGCAUUCAAUUAACCAAUUAAACCAUUGCACUGGAACAUGUCUGCACUUGAGCAUCUGCAGUCUGAUAGAAAUCUGAACACAGGAUUCCUCUGUUUCUGAAAACUUUGCAAUAUAUGAACUAUCCUACUUGAUAUAUUAAGUUUUGAUUUCAAGACUAUCUAAGCCUCAGCAUAAAGUUGAAGAAAUCAAAUGAGCUCUACCCUCACAUUGCCUGCCCUGAUACGGUCUCUUGUUUAAUCACUGGAAUUCCUUUCAUUUUGGCACUAAUGCUGUUUUCUCUUGCCUAAUUUAACACAGUAAUGAUGGUGAUACGGUUGUGUUAAAUGUUGAUUACCUUUUUCUGAAGUGGGAGAUGAUACCUAUACAGCGUGGCAAAUGAAUGAAAUAUUGUAGCAUCAAAUAUAUCUUUCAAGUAGAAACUUUAAAGUUAUUGAUUGUAUACAAUCACUUGGUAUGGUCUAUGUCAAAAACCAGUAGACUGUUACUCUAAUUGAAGUUAGUUUGAUUUUUCACCCUAUAUGGUUGUCUCCAACUUGUUUUCCUAUAAAUGCAGAUAAUUAAAAUCUAAGCAAAGUUUUGCUAAAAACAGAAUAUUAGCCUUUAAGGUUAGAUAGACUUUAAGACCAUUGUAUCUAGGUUAGUCUUUAUAAAGCACUAGAAUCUUUGGUCAAAGUAAAAAAAAAAAAAGUAUUAGAAUACUGAAAUUGUUAAUAGUUUGCAUGGUCUCCUCAGCUUUUUUUUUCUGAGUCGUGGUUUUUUUUUUUUUUUUUAAUUCAAGCGUAGUUGACACCCAGUGUGUCUCCUCAGCUUUUUUGAACUUCCAUAACCUUUGGAAUUUUGCUAUCAUAAUUUUUUCCUUAUUUAAAAUGUGUUUGGGAACUUGAGAAGGUGAAAAAGCACAAAAAAUUAAGAGUAUGUAAAAUUCUGAAUUAUGCGUUACUUGGUCUGGAAGUUUAAAAUUUGGACUGAAAGGUUUUAUUGAGAUAAAACCUUUUAUUUUUUUUUAAUAAAACCUUUUAAAAUAAAAAAAUCAUAUACUUUGAACAUCACUUUCAAGCUAAUAAAUACAAGACAUUUUUUGGAAAUGAGAGGUGGAAAUACACUGGAACCUCAUGAUAAUUGACCCUCUGGAUCACCAAAUUACUGUAACACAUCUGGCCAAGGGGAUUGAGUUACUGGAAGUGAAAAGUAUUAUAAUGUUGCAUCAGUAACAUUGCACUUCGAUAGAGAUUCAUGAUGAUUCAGGUGAUAGUAUGCCAGUGCGUUUGCUCUUCAAAUAUCUGUGUGCUUGGAGCCAUGGUUUCCUAAGUACAUAGUUUUUUGGUCUUGCCUCAUUGGAAAUAGUUAACAAUUAUCAUUUAUUUUGAAAGAUUUCACCUGUGAGGUGAAUUCUUUCUUUCUUUGGCAGCAAAGGUAUGAGGUGAUCGGGAAGUUUCUCCUGGAAUUUUCUCAAGUCCUUGUAUUCUAAAAUAGUCUAUGAUACCAAGCAAAAUGAUAGUAAAUUCUUUGUCUUUGUUUUUUCAGUCAGGGGGUAUUUAUUCAGUACCUACUGUGAGCUCAGCACUAAAGGUCAGUUGGUAAAAUGACAGUUUUAAAAAUGGCAUAUAGCCACAGGCCUUUUCCAGCCAGGAGUAAGAAAUAAAAGAAGGUUGAUGAUACUUGAAAAUUCCUGGAUAUUUGCUAAAGGAAAAAUGAAAGCAAAAAUUUGUGCACAGUGCCUUGCCCAUAAUAGGUACUCAAUAAACAAUUAUUCCUCAGAGUCUCUUGCCAUGGUUUAUAGUGUUUUAUGAAAUUUGUCUUAAUUGAAAAAAAGACCAAAUAUUUCAAAUAAGCUUAUAGGCAGCUGUGGCCAGUUAAAAUAUGGGGUUGUACAGUUAGUUCCUAGAAUGUUAUUUUGCACUAGUUGUCACUUAGACGGAGUUCCUGUAGAUUUUUGGUGCUAAGGGAUACUUUGUCAUUAUGAUGAAGUAAGUGUUAAGUGUCAGAUAAAUAGCACACUGAAUAGUUCUUUCUGCUGGUCUGUUUUUUCCUCUUUGUUGUUGUUGUUUUUAAUUGUAAAAUGUUUAUCAAUCAAACUAUUGUAGCAGCUACAAAAUAAUUCACCAGCAUGACAAAAUGGUCAAAAAAUAAGUCAUCAGCACUUCAAAAAUGAAAGCAACUUUUGAGAUUUUCUUUUAAAAUUGUCAAAUAUAUUUUAUGAAGAAUUUAUAAAAGGGGAAAUGAUUGUAAUUUAUUGUUCAUGACUUUUUUUUUUUAAAUAAAGUGAGUUUCAACAAAAAAAACCCAACACCCUGAAAAUUUUAUAUUGUUGAUUUGGUGGCUCUGUCUAGUUCUGUAGUGUUUUACUUCAUGAACAUAAAAUAGAGGGUAUAAAAUUUGAAACAAUGUCAUUCUCAGCCUCACCUAUUAAGUGAAACUUUCUGUAAUAGAAGCUAUUGCUGAGGAAAAGAUUAUUGAAUUAUAGGAAUUUCUGUAAUGGUCAGC